UUGUUGCUUAAUAAUACAGGUAUUUCACAGAAGAUAAACGAAAAAAAUGUUAUGGAAAAUUAUAUUUUUGUUGUCGUGUUUUAACGUUUUAGUGAACGCUACUGGAGGAUGGUUCUCAAAAUGGUUUUCAACACCUCCAAGCCAGAGUAAUUUGCUGAACGUGACCGAAGAGCCGAAUUUAUUUCAACGUAUUGAACAGUGGAUAGAGUCACUAGAAGUGAAGGUCGUUAAAUUUUGGGGUCCUUUGGCACGAAAACCUAACCAAGAUCAAAAAAGAAAGGCAAAAGCCGCAUUGGAGGAUAGUAAAUGUCCAACUGGUGCUGUGGACACUAUACUUUUGAACAGUCAUAUACGUAACUGGCCUGAACAAAUAUUAAAUACACGUAACGAUGAUUAUGACUUAGAGAGUAUUAAACAAUUGAUAUGUAGACGUAUUCCAGGAUCACGAGUAGUAUACGUGGCCCAUUCUGAUAACGAUUUUGUGUCUCAGGCAGGAAUUUUAUUCAUUUUCGAAAGCCUUGUAUUCGAGGAACCGGUCCAACAGAAUUUAAUUUCGCCAUUAAUAAAACUUUAAUUUUUAAAUUAUAUA